AUGUCUGGCGAAGAACACGAGAUCGCUGCGGCCCAAGUGGCAGACGAGGAAUACGGCACCAAGGAAAAAGUGUCCGAGGAUGAUGUUCCUGAGGAAAACGUGACCUACCAAGAUAGCCCUAGCAAGCAGCGGGUUGUGAUUAUCCUACUUGGAUUAGGGUUAUCGGUCUUCCUUGCUGCGCUUGAUAUCACCAUCGUCUCCACUGCUUUACCGAAAAUUGUCGCUCACUUCAAGGCCUCCGACUCUGCCUACUCAUGGAUCGCAUCGUCCUAUUUGUUGGCAAAUGCCUCAUCCGUGGGUCUAUGGGGAAGGCUGAGCGAUAUCUGGGGCCGAAAGUCUAUUCUUAGCAUUUCUAUCAUUCUCUUCCUAGGCGGAAGUUUAAUCUGUGCACUGGCGAUCAAUGUCAAUAUGCUGAUCGCCGGCCGUGCCCUGCAAGGCGUUGGCAGUGGUGGUAUCACCGUGAUGGCCAAUAUUUGUGUCUCCGACUUGUUUGACGUCCAAAGGCGCUCUGCGUACCUUGGGAUUUUCGGUGCGACGUGGGCUAUUGCUGGCGCCGUUGGACCUAUCAUCGGUGGUGCCUUUACGUCGUAUGUCACCUGGAGAUGGUGCUUCUACAUCAAUUUGCCCGUUGGUGGUGUCGCUUUCUUCUUUCUUUUGUUCUUCCUGAAGAUCGAUACUACAAAGAAGACGCUCGUGGACGGCCUCGCCUCGAUUGAUUGGAUCGGUGUAGGCCUCGUCAUCGCCGGAACGAUCAUGCUUCUCCUCGGAUUGGAAUUCGGAGGGGACCAAUUCGCCUGGUCAUCAGCCACAGUGAUUUGUCUCAUUAUCUUUGGAGUGGUCGCCUUGAUCCUCUUCGGCAUCUAUGAGCAAUUCCCCUCUGCACCCAUCAUUCCCUUGGCCGUCUUUAACAGCUGGCAAAAUAUCGCUCUUCUUCUGGUGAAUUUCUGUCACGGGGCGGUCUUCAUUGGAGGAUGUUUCUACCUCCCCGUAUACUUCCAGAACGUCCUGAUGGAAAGCUCCAUCAUGAGUGGUGUUCUUCUCCUGCCUUUGGUCGGCGCCCUGGCUAUCUCAUCUGGCCUAGGAGGUUGGUAUCUGCGCGCGACUGGACGUUUCAGGGAGGUUAUCAUCUUUGGCAUGUUCUUCACAACACUUGGAUACGGUCUAUACAUGGAUCUGAAACCCUAUGCAUCCUGGGCGCGUAUUGUGCUAUACCAGAUGAUAAUUGGUGUUGGAUUGGGCCCGAACUUCCAAGCAACCCUGAUCGCUCUACAGGCUAAUGUGAAGACGUCGGAGAUGAGCCAGGCAACCGCUGCCUUCUCUCUUGUCCGACAACUGGCAGCCUCCGUAUCUGUGGUUGUUGGCACGGUGAUCUAUAACCAUGAAGUCGCUGUGCGGAAGGCCAAGCUGGUGGCGGCCUUGGGAUACAACAUUGGGACUGAAAUCGUUGCUGCAUCUACUGCCACAUCUAGCAUCACGAAGGAAGUACCUGUCGAUGAGCGCCAAGUCAUUUUUGACGUUAUCAACAAGGGCCUCUCGUAUGUCUGGCUGUUCUAUCUUUGUAUCUCAGCCCUCGGAUUGAUUCUUGCCUGCACUUUACGGAACCUGCACAAACAGUCAUCAUGA